AUGGGGAUAGAAGACACCACCCUUGAUGUCGAGGAGACGACUGAACCUCCUAUACGUGGCCCCGUAGAGGAACGUAUAAGCAAAGGCACUGCAUUCCCUGCCGAGAAGGACGGCGGCUCAGCCGGCACCACCCUGACCUCUGCGCCCUCGACCGACCUCUCCACAGACGACGGCAAAGAAGGCUGCGGCUUCAAGGACGCUCAUACCGUACCCGCGGCCACUGUUGCCCGGGUACUAGGCGUUGAUCCCCAAAAUGGACUCUCUCGUGCCGAAGCCGCGUCUCGCCUCGAGCGAGAUGGGCUUAACAAGGUUGAGGGAGCUAAAGGGCUUUCCUUGUGGAAAAUCCUGCUGAGACAGGUGUCGAACAGUCUGACCCUAGUUCUUGUGAUUGUCAUGGCUCUUAGCUUCGGAAUCGAUGACUACAUCGAAGGCGGAGUCAUAACGGCCGUCAUUCUGCUCAACAUCGUCGUCGGAUUCGUACAAGACUACCACGCAGAGAAGGCUAUCAUGUCGUUGUACGCGCUAUCCGCGCCCGUAUCCAAGGUAAUGCGAGGCGGUGCAAUCGAGCAUGUCAAGGCCGAAACUGUAGUCGUUGGUGACAUUGUCCACCUCAACGUCGGAGACAUCGUUCCCGCGGACUUGAGGCUGAUUGACGGUAUCAACGUAUCCACCGAUGAGGCUCUCUUAACUGGAGAGUCACUCCCCGUGAACAAGACCCCCCAUAAGAUUUUCGAGAACUCCGACAUCCCCGUCGGAGAUCGUACCAACAUGGCGUACUCGGCGACCACAAUGUCUCAGGGAAGAGCCACUGGCAUUGUCGUGGCAACCGGCGUCAACACUGAAGUGGGACAAAUUGCCGAGAUGCUGCGCAGCCGUGGCCAAGUGACGGAAGGAUCCAACAUCAUCAUUCGCUCUUGGAACCGCUUCAAAAACGGCUUCAAGGUCGUGUUGGGUCUGGAAGGAACCCCGCUGCAGAUUAAGCUGAGUAAAUUCGCCCUGCUCCUCUUCGCUCUGGCCAUCCUCCUCGCGGUCAUUGUCUUUUCCGCGGCCAAAUGGGAUGUCCAAGGCGAAGUUCUCAUCUACGGCAUCUGCGUGGGAGUUGCGGUCAUUCCGGAAUCUCUCAUCGCGGUGCUCACCAUCACGAUCGCGGUCGGCACCAAAGCCAUGGCCAAGGGCCAUGUCAUUGUCAGGAAACUCUCCGCUCUCGAGGCCGUCGGAGGAGUGACCAACAUCUGCUCCGACAAGACGGGAACCCUGACCCAGGGCAAGAUGAUUGCCCGCAAGGCAUGGAUCCCGGCCCUGGGAACAAUGACGAUCCACGAUACUACCAAUCCAUUCGACCCCUCAAGUGGGUUUAUCAAGAUGAAUGACUGUGACAUCGAUCUUGAAGAAUACACCGAAUCCCCCCACCUGGAGACUUUCCUGAAGGCCAUCGCCCUGUGCAACCUCUCCUCCGUUUACAAGUCUACUGCGGACGACGCGUCUGUCAGCACUGCUUCGGAGGCUGGAUGGAUCAGCGUCGGCGAACCUACCGAGAUUGCCCUCCAGGUUCUCGCAAUGCGCUUCAAUUCGGGCAAGCCCACUCUGAUGGAAGACGGGAACUUGGAACUACUGGCCGAAUUCCCCUUCGACUCGAACUUCAAGCGCAUGGCCAUCAUCUACAAGGACAAGACUGCAGCCUCUGCCCACGCCUACAUGAAAGGUGCGGUCGAGGUCAUGCUCCCGGUCCUCCUGAGCUCCGAUUCGGAAAAGCAGCAGAUCAUUUCCAUGGCUGAGGAAAUGGCCGGCAAUGGUCUUCGCGUCCUCUGCGUCGGUCACAAGCUGGUGCCGAAUGACGACUCGCAGCAACUCACCGAUCGCGCUGCGGCCGAAUCGAACAUCGAGUUCGUCGGUCUGGUCGGCCUGUACGAUCCGCCGCGUCUGGAAACAGCCGGGGCGGUACGUCGGUGCCAGAUGGCCGGCAUCACGGUGCAUAUGCUUACGGGUGAUCACAUCAAGACGGCUACGGCUAUUGCGCACGAGGUAGGCAUCUUGAGUGGUGCCGCGCCGAACGCAAACUCGGGGUCUGCCAUCAUGCCCGCUUCCGAGUUCGACAAACUCUCAGACGACGAAAUCGAUGCCAUCGAGACGCUGCCCCUGGUGCUGGCCCGGUGCAGUCCCAAGACGAAAGUCCGCAUGGUGCAAGCCAUGCACCGCCGGAAAGCGUUCUGCGUCAUGACGGGCGAUGGUGUCAACGACGCACCCGCCCUGCGCAUCUCCUCCGUCGGCGUCGCCAUGGGAUUGAACGGUAGCGAUGUCGCAAAGGAGGCGGCGGAUAUGGUACUGACGGACGACAAUUUCGCGUCCAUCGUCAAGGCCGUCGAAGAGGGGCGGCGGCUGUUCGACAACAUCCAGAAAUUCCUCCUGCACCUCCUCAUCUCCAACAUCUCGCAGGUCAUCCUGCUGCUCAUCGGCCUCGCCUUCAAGGACCACGACGGCAACUCGGUCUUCCCGCUGUCGCCGCUCGAGAUCCUGUGGGUCAACCUCAUCACGUCGUCGUUCCUCGCGCUGGGGCUGGGCGUCGAGGAGGCGCAGCCCGACAUCAUGCUGCGCCCGCCGCACGACCUGCGCGUCGGCGUCUUCACGCCCGAGCUCAUCAUCGACAAGUUCAUCUACGGCACCUUCAUGGGCUCGCUGUGCAUCGCCGCCUUCACGUCCGUGGCCUUCGGCGAGGGCGCCGGCGCGCUGGGCACCGACUGCAACGAAGGCUGGAACGGCUCGUGCGACACCGUCUUCCGCGCGCGCGCCACCACCUACGCCACGCUGUCGUUCCUGCUGCUCGUCACGGCGUGGGAGGUCAAGCACUUCAGCCGCAGCCUGUUCAACCUCUACCCCCACGUCCAGGGUGGCCCGCCAAAGGCGCUGUCCGUUUUUGGGGCUGUCUGGCGCAACCGCUUCCUCUUCUGGGCCGUCGUCGCCGGCUUCGUCAUCACUUUCCCUGUCGUUUAUAUCCCUGUCAUCAACCGCAUCGUCUUCAAGCACGAGGCCAUCACUUGGGAGUGGGGCAUCGUCGUCGCUUGCGUCGUCGUGUACCUGGCUGCUGUGGAGAGCUGGAAGGCGAUUAAGCGGAGGUUCGGCUUGGGCAGCGGCAAGUAUCGCUUGCUGACGGUCGAAGAUGCGGAGAUGAGGGCUGGGUUGGCGCCCGUGGUGGAGAAAGUUUGA